UUUCCCCAAAUAAUAUAAUCUCGUCUCUGUCUAUCCACUAGACCCCUGGUUUUGCCCUAGAAAUCCUUCGCUUAGAUUUGUAUGAAACAGAGAUAAUAAUGGCGAAAAUCAACAACAACAGAGAGAAAUCAAUCACCAGGAAACCAUUAUUGGAUAUCUCAAACGGCGGUGGUUCUCUAAAAAACAAAUCUAAUCAACCCUUCCCCUCUAAACAAGAAGAAGAGAUUGCUGUUAAAAUCGAACAAGAAGAAGAAGAAGAUGAUGACAAAAUCCUUGAUCGUCUUCUUCUUACUCAUUCCGAACUCUCAAAUCUUAUUCACCAGAUUGAUGAAUUGGUUGUGCAAGCAUUCAAAGUUAAACUGAAAAGCGGAAAGGAAAGGAAAGACGUUGAAUCCUUUACACAUGUCUUAUCUGAUAUGCACUCCUCCUUGAAGGCAUGGGUUCCAAGGUUUCAAAAUGCAUUGUCUAGUCCCUCUUUAGUGCCUGAUAAUCAAAUUGGAGAAUCUUCACCAAGAGAAACUACUCCCAAUGCAUGUAAGGAGUUAAAUGAUGUUUCUGAAAGUCCAGAACAACUCGACUUGGAUUCCCUAGUCUCCCCUUCACCCCUUGUGUCCUGGCAUGCUGAACAUACUGUUGAAAAUGGAAGACAACUAUUUCUGCUCACUCCAUUGCCCAGAUCAAGAGCAUUAUCUUCCAUGCGCUGUCGCUCAUCUACAUCUACAUCAGUCUUUGAAAGAUUUACUGAUUUGGAUGCCCCACCUAACACUACUCUAGGAUUACCUUCAUUAAGGACCAUUUCUGCGGAUAGCAGUGAUGAUCUGCUGGAGGGUGUAAAUAUUAAACCAACACAGAAGAAAGUUUUGGGUUCUUUCAACGAGAAGGAGAGUGCUGUGGAAAGUGGGUUUGUAUCUACCCCCAAGACAUAUAACAGAAAUAAGUCAACUUUUCUUGUGACAACCCCUCGGCUGAAAGUAUCACCACCAAAGUCUUGUGUCUUGCUAGAGCCAAUCUCAGAGUCCUUUCACCAUAGUUUCAAUAACAACCGUAAAUUGACCCCAUUUCCUGUUAGGCGUGAAAUAUCCAGUCCAUCAGAGGCUUCUGAAUCUUCAAGCAGCUUCACCUCUGAGAGUUUGGCGUUGAAAUAUCCAGAACUUUUUGGAAUAAAGCAGACUACUAGUAAGUCUGGAGCAUGGAGGAAAGAAGUGGAUGCUUCUCUUGAAAAUUGGUUGAUGUCACCUCCCAAAUCUUGUGUUUUGAUGGAGCCGCCAAUGAAGAAUGUAUCAAUAGAAGGCACUGGAGUUCAUUUGUCUAAUUUGGGGUCUGUACAUGAUCAGAGGAUUUCUUGCGCAGCAGCUCCUGCUGAAAGAAAGCAGAAUCUUCAAGGAUUGUCUGAAACAAAGACUAAAGAUUUGAAUGAAGAACCACCCAAUGAAAGCACUUUACUUGUAGAAAGUACUCCUAUGUGGAAAGAGCCCAACAGCGUGAUUUACACAGGAAAGCGUCGUGGCGAGAACACAUUGAAGAGGGAGCUGUGGACCAGAUUUGAAGCUGCUUCAUCUAACGCAUUACAUUUUGAUCUCUCUGACUUCCCAGAGACAACAACAAAAGGACUCCUAGACAAAUUCGAAGAGGUUUCUUCUGAUAAAUGAAUAUAUGUAUUCCCUCUUUAAACAAGACUGUCUUUUUUAUAGAAAACGGAUGAUAUGUAUUUUCUGUCCUUAAAAGUCAUAGUCAUCCUUUGCUUUCCUUUCUUAUGAUGUUAUAGUUACGGUACUGGUCUUGCAACAACAUCUUGGGAUUGCCUAGAUGCGCAGUGAUGGUAUUUGUAUUGCACAACCAAUUCUGCAUCA